AUCACAGGAAAACUUGUAUCCCUUUACUCCAGCUAAAGAGAACUUCGGACUGACCAUGGCAUUCGGUGGUAUCCUGAGUGAGGCUGACAUCAACUCUGCUCUGCAGAACUGCCAAGCUGCUGACUCCUUCAACUUCAAAACUUUCUUUGCCCAGUCUGGUCUGAGCAGCAAGUCCGCAGAUGAUGUGAGAAAAGUCUUUGCCAUCAUCGACCAGGACCAGAGCGGCUUCGUUGAGGAAGAUGAACUGAAGCUGUUCCUCCAGAACUUCAAAUCAGGUGCCAGAGCUUUAACUGAUGCUGAGACCAAGGCCUUCCUGUCAGCUGGAGACUCUGAUGGUGAUGGCAAAAUUGGAGUUGAAGAAUUCCAGGCUUUGGUGAAAAAUUAAUUUUUUUUAAAACCUGAAUCUGUGAAAAAUCCCAAACAAACUGAUACAAGUGAAACCUGGUUUAGUGGACGCCUCUUCAAUAUUUCUCUUCAUGGGACAAGAUGUGAUGUCAUGAUCCAGCGGCGGGAUUCAUUUAUUUAUCCACCAGAGAAGAAUGGUUACCCUUGCCUACAGUUUAUCUAAGAGCCCCUUAGUUAAACCAACAUAUUUAUUCUCAUUUUUAUACUAAUAAAAACUGUCCAAUGUUUACACUGUUGCGACUGUUCAUUUUCCUAUGGAUUGAGGCACAAAAAAACUAAUUGUUCUCAAUAAAUCAAUUUUGGAA